CCCCCCCUCCCCUCCGGGAGCGGUUGUGGGCUCAGAUCGAUCUAAGAUGGCGACUGUGGAACCGGAAAGCACCACCACUCCUAAUCCCCAGCCUCCAGCAGAAGAAGAGAAAACCGAAACCAGUCAGGAGGUUACCAACCCUGAACACUACAUUAAGCAUCCACUACAGAACAGAUGGGCACUCUGGUUUUUUAAAAAUGAUAAAAGCAAAACUUGGCAAGCAAACCUGCGUCUGAUUUCCAAGUUCGAUACUGUUGAGGAUUUCUGGGCUUUAUACAACCACAUCCAGCUAUCUAGCAAUUUAAUGCCUGGCUGUGACUACUCGCUUUUUAAGGAUGGGAUCGAACCCAUGUGGGAAGACGAGAAGAACAAACGAGGAGGCCGAUGGCUAAUUACAUUGAACAAGCAGCAGAGACGAAGCGACCUCGAUCGCUUUUGGCUAGAGACCCUGCUGUGCCUUAUCGGGGAAUCCUUUGACGACUACAGCGAUGACGUGUGUGGGGCCGUCGUCAACGUUAGAACUAAAGGCGAUAAGAUAGCAAUAUGGACUACUGAAUGUGAAAACAGGGAUGCUGUUACACAUAUAGGGAGGGUAUACAAAGAAAGGUUAGGACUUCCUCCAAAGAUAGUGAUUGGUUAUCAGUCCCACGCAGACACAGCUACCAAGAGCGGCUCCACCACUAAAAAUCGGUUUGUUGUUUAAGAAGACACCUGCUGAAGUAUUUCAUAGGAGACUGCGUCAAGCAAUCGAGAUUUGGGAGCUGAACCAAAGCCUCUUCAAAAGCCUCUUCAAAAGCAGAGCGGACUGCAUUUAAAUUUGAUCUCCAUCUAAAUGUCGCUAUGAUAUAUGAGAAGUCUCAUUCGCCUUUGUCUUGUACCUCUGUGUUCAAUUAUUAUUAUUUUUUUUUUCUUUUCAAAUUUUUUGGGGGGGGGUUGGGUGCUAGAGUAACCAUUAUCCCAGUCGAAGAAUUACAAAACACAUCGCCCCCAGAAUCCGCAAAUCGGGUCGCUCCGAUAGCUUAGGCGAAACCUCACCGUCAUAAAACAAAAGAAAACCCCACAAAACAUUUCUCCACGAUAUAUGGGGUGGGGGGGUCGGGGGGGGAAGGGAAACAAAAAUCCACAUUUCUAGACAGAUUCCUCGUUUGUUAUAUUGUAUGCAGUGAUGCAGUUUGCUGGUUUGGAAUAAGAUGCAUACAGUUUUUUAGCAAUUUUCUUUGUUUCCUUUUCUCUCUUUACAGCAUUACUUUUGCUGUAACCUAUGCUGAUGGCUGCUAGAUUUAAUUUAUUUGUCUCCCUUCUUGGUUACAUUAGUGAUUCUGAUUUCACUCUCUUUGGGGGGGGGGGGGUUUGUUUUUUUUUUCCUCAUGUAACAUUGGUGAUGGAUCUGGGAAAAUGGCGGAAUAAACAUUAAUUUUGUGCAUUCUUUGGUAACUUUUUGGUUUUUUGUGACAUCAGAGCUUUGCUACAGAUUUUAUGCAUUUCAGUCAAAUCAGUGAUCUAUGUCUGUGUGAUUUCCUAGACAUAAUUGUGGAUUUUAAAAAUGUCACACCAUAAUUACAUUCCUUACUAGAAAGAGUAUGUCUGUUUUUGUAUCCUAUGCUGUAUUUUAACACUUUGUAUUACCUAGGUUCUAUUUUUGCUUUGGUUAAAGAUGGCGCAGUUAGAAAAGCAGUCCCAUCCAUAUUAAGACAGUGUACAAAACUGUAAAUAAAAUGUGUACAGUGAAUUCUUUUAGACAACUAGAUUUGUCCCUUUAUUUCUCCAUCUCUACAGCAAGUAUUUGUACUUCUUGUUACAAGGCAGUCUCUAUUGUGUCUUCUAUUGUGUCUUCCAAGAGAACAGUAUAAGUUUGGAGCUCUAGUUUGAUUAUGUUUAUUAAAAUUUUUAAUAAAUCCGAUAGGUAGCACUCUAUAUGUGGAAUUAAA